AUGCUGUCAACAAACCUUAUUGAUCAAUUAGAAAAAAACUUAGAUGAAAUAAUUAAAUUAAUCGACGAAUAUCUACAGAUUUUAAAACAUACUGUAGCCGUCGACAACAACAAUAAUGAUGAUGAUAAUCACUUGCAAUUGAUUGAUGAAGAUUUAUCGCAUUUAUUGUUGAAGAAUGAUAUUGAUCAGACGUUAAUAGAAUUGACUAAAAAAGUACAAGUAACCAUUAAUAGUUUCUUACAUGCCGCUGGUGUUGGGGAUGAAAAAGAUGACGAAACAGAAGAAGAAGGAGACAACCGCCAAAAUCAAAUUAAAGCAACAAAAAAUUAUUUAUUAGAUUUUUUAUAUGAUUAUAAUUUUAUCGAUACAUCAUUUACUAAACCAUUCACUGCUAAUUUAUUAAGUUUAUUUCAUCAAGAAUCACUAAGAUUUCGUUUAUCAUUAGGAGCAUACAAAGCUGCCUAUGAAGGAAAAUUAGAUGUUGUUAAAGACUUUUUGAAUAAAUAUCCAACAUAUAAAGAUAAACCAAAUUUAAAUGGUCAUACACUAUUGUAUGUAGCUACUAGUAAGAAUCAUUAUUCUAUUGUUCAGUAUUUAGUUGAAGAUAUCAAAUGUUCAGUUAAUAUCCAAAACCAAAUAGAAUUAGUGGGAGAACAACAGCAAGACUCGUCAGCUGGUUCAACGCCAUUACAUAUAGCCUGUUCAGAUGGAAAUUCGAGCCUUGUUAGUUAUUUAUUGAAACAUGGUGCUGAUUGUUACAUUAAAAAUAAACAAAAUAAAACACCAACAAUGGACAUUAGUAACAGCCCAUCUAUUGUGACUUUAUUUAAACAACAUUUAGUAUUGAAUUAUUUGUCAUCAUCAGCAAAUAAUGAUACAAAUUUUACCUUACCAACUUCAUCCGUAACGGAAGAAAAAAUAAGUAAGUACAACCUUACUAACUUAAAGUUUAAUUUUAUUAAAGUUUUACAUUUUCCACUUUUCCUUUCCGCUUACCGCAUCACAAACGAAAAAAUUAAUUAAUCUCGCUUUUAGAUCAAAUUCUUACAUUCUCUGAAUAUGUUUAUACUAUUCCCUAGUAAAAUCCCCAUGCAUUUCCUGACAGGAUCCGAGACAUAUCUUACCAGUAUCCUGCUAGGAUUUCGCUUUAAUUUAUUAGAAUGCUAACAAAACCUUACAGAAUCCUACAGAAUCCUAAUGGAAUCAGGUAUACCCGAAAGUCAUAGGAUUUUCUAAGAUUCUGUUUGGACUCUAAACAAACUUAAGCAAAACCCUGAUAGGACCUCAGUAUUUUAGGAUCCUGCUAGAACGUUAUUAGGUAGAUCCUAAAUGUUAAGAUCCUGCAAGAUCCUAGUGGGAAAUAGAAAGGAAGUACGUAGGCUUUUGUCUAGGGUGAUACAGUUUUGAUUAGGUUCUCUUUUGACAAAAUAAGCGAAAGUUUGGCAUUCUUCUUCUCAGAUAACUUUGACAAAUGUAAUGUUUCCCGUAGUUUUUUUUGUUGUCAAGAGAAUAAAGGAGAUCGUCAAGAGUCAGAAUCAAAUGAUCUACCCAUUAUCCCAUCCUGAAUUUUAGAAAAAUAAGACUACAGAAAUUUUUCAAAUAUCCUCUAGUAACAUAAGUCCAUUUAUAAACUACCGCAUUUCGGACCCUUCAGUGACCCAAACUCACCUGCACCCGCACUUGUGCCUACAUUGUAGAAAAAAGCACACUAAAAACGUUCCUAUAUCACGGACGUAUCACAGUUUCCACUACAAUCACUUUGAAAACUGUGAUCCAUCCAUGAUACAGGAACGUUUUUAGUGUGCUUUCUUUUUGCAACAUAGGUGCGGGUACAUAGUCGCCGGAUACGGGUCUGUCAACCCACCCUGAAUUUUAGAAAAAUAAGACUACACAAAUUUUUGAAAUAUCCUCUGGUAACAUAAGUAUGAUUCAUCAUUCUGAUUCGUUCCUUUCUCAAAGAAAAAUGGAGUACGCGUCAGAAAUAUCAUUUUAUAUGGCCAAAAUGACCACGUGAGAAGGGUAAAAGUAAAGCUUUAAAGUAUAAAAGUCAGAUUGUCUAAAUAAAAAAGGGUUAUCACAAGUUUUGGUUAACCCCUGAUGCAAUUUAUCCGAAAAGUAUUUACAAGUCACGCCAUUAUGGUGGCGCCACCUGUAGUUAUUCCAUAGUUAACAUCUUCAGGGGGUUAACGAACACUUUGUGAUAAUCCAUUUUUAUAUAGGCAAUCUGAUUUUUAUUCUUUAAAGCUUUACUUUUAUCCUUCGCACGAGGUCAUGUUGGCCAUAUGCUUAGCCAUUAAAGUCAAAUCCUCUCAUCUAAGCGUGACUACAAGCAUCCAGAUUGAUUGAACUUUUGGAGAGAUGUUGAAUAAUUAAGUGUACCUCGCGCUCUUUUUCCAACUUGUUGCCAAAGGCGGCGCACACGUUCGAUUGACCUUAAAUUUAUAGCCGAGAUAGAACAUCGACAACGAAAAUCGAGGUAUUUUUGCCCAGAAUUUUCUGAGCAGUUCUUAUAUGGGUUUUCUAGAAAACUCCAGCAUUCAUCGGAUUACUAUUCGACUCCUCGAAAAACUGUUCCGAUUGAGCUCAAAUUUUUACCACAGAUACUUCAGACCCUAUCUCAGAAUGUAAAUUUUUUCCCGAACAAUAUGCUUUCCUUCUCGAGACAUACGAGAAAUGCUGAAAAUCACGCAAAAAAUGUCAGAUUGUUUUCAGGUUUUUUUCACUAGCUUCCAGCAUUUUUCGUAUAACUCGAGAGGAAAAGCAUUUUUCGGGAAAAAAUUUACAUUCUGAGAUAGGGUCUGAAGUAUCUGCGGUAAAAAUUUGAGCUCGAUUGGACCAUUUUUUUUCCAACCCGAAGGAUCGAAUCUUUAUUUAAGAAUCUUAUCUGAAACAUGUAAGUCUCUUGUCAACAUCUUAUAAAAUUCUUAUAAUAAUCUUUUCAGUUUAAGAUUUCCCAUCAACAGUCGUAGUGUUUAAGAUUUUCAUAAGAGGUUCGUAAAAAAAUAAAUCGUACUUAAGAAGAAUCGCACUCGUAAUCUUCCAUUCAGCUGCCCCGAUAUCUUAUAAUCAUUAGACCAUAAGUGCUUACUGUCUUUAUAUUAUUAUAUCCACUUACUUUAGAUAGGAAUGUAAGUUACACAACUGUCUAUCUCCUAGUAGACAUUUCUGGGAAUCCCGAAAUGUCAUCGAAUAUAGGUAAUCGACUACGCUGAACAUAGUGGCAACAUUUGUUUUUGUGCAGAAAUGGAAAUAACUUCGCCAGAGGCAUUUUUGUGAAAAACCGGUUUUCCGCCUGUUACUAGCAAAAAUUAAAAUCCUUAUAUCUCGAUCAAAUCUUAUGCUGACUCAAGGAAACUUUCAGAACACGCUCAGGACAGCUCAUAAAUUACAAUCGAAGACGAAAAAGGUGAAUUUUAGCUGGGCAUUGGUUUAAGGUUUUCCAGAAACCUUCUGAAACCUUACAGCCUCAGUGUUCUGCUGGACCACUUUUCCAGCUUGAUCAACAAUAUAUGGCGCCUUUUAAGUCUUUCCUGACAAAAUUUCCUCUAGCCAGCAUGACAUUUGAGCGAGAUAUAGAGAUUUUAAUUAUUGCUGGUAACAGGCAAAAAACUGUUUUUUUACAAAAAUGCCUCUGGCGAGGUUAUUUUCAUUUCUACACAAAAACAAAUGUUGCCAGUAUGCUCAGCGUAGUCGAUUAUCUAUAUUCCAUGGCAUUUCGGGAUUCCCAGAAAUGUCUACUGGGAGAUAGACACUUGUUCGGGGAAAGUCACUUACCAGCCAGAAAAGAUUUGAGAGCAAGUAGACGGAAUUUAAUCACAAAAGAAAUCGUAAAAUCCGACUCAUAAGCUGCCUUCUAGUAGAUAUUAAUAGCAUAAGAAUUUUUGGUGCUUGUUAUGUUUUUCUUGCAAACCUCUUAUGAAAAUCUUAUCAGAUUAUUAUAAGACACUUACGACUGUCGAUCGGAUUCUUAAACAAUUUUAUAUAAGGAACUGAUAAGAUUCUGAUAAGAAUCCUAUCAGUUUUACCAAAAAGUUUGGAUCUAAGAAAAACUACAACGUACGUUUUUAUAUCACUAUUGGCCAAAAAGAUUAUUCUCAUCUUCUCAGGUGGGCUCCAGCCGAGCUGAUCCUGUGUUUCGCCCCAGUUCAACUGGGUAGUAAGUUACUAUUAAAAGAGACAUCUAUCGAACCCACCAUUUUUACGUCGCUGGUAGUCAAAAAUGAUUAUUAGUGAAGCUUCUGCCCUCUAGUAUGUAGCACUGGUAUUUUCUGUUUUACAUAAUGACUGUUGAAAAUCUGUGUUUUCUUUCCUGUUCGUUUUUUACUUACGUUCUGUGUCUGCGCCAUAGUGCGGCUGACAAGCAUUCAGACAGUUUAUCUUGUAUGACUUUUUCUUACCGAAAACAGAGCUACGUUUCGCUAGUAUCGCCGUUUUGGCUCUAUACGUCAGUUAUGCAAAAUAUAAAGUUACAUGGUUUGAUGUUGACAUUCAAAAUUGACCUGUAAUGUAGUGUCACAAAAGCGUAUUCUAAAUAUUUCUGUGGUCUCAUGAGGGAGAUCUACCAACUGUCCAGUCGCUUUUGAGACGAAACCUAGUGGUGGUAGGUCAACGACCAUACUGAUUCCGAAUAUCGACAUGGAGCGAGUAGUUAGGCCUCCAUAGACCUGUUUUGUGGAACACCAGUUUUUCAGAAACUGUAAAAAAUAAUUAAAACCUUCCUUAAUGAGGCAUGAUUGUAGCCCGCAAGUUUCUAAUUAAAAUAAGGCAUCUCCCAGCUCUACAUGAUUUUUUUUGCAAAGUUGUAGAGUUUACAAGAAUAGUUCUAAAUUAAUGUGUUCCUUAUUUCUAUAGCUCUAAGCUGACAAUGAACGUUAUUGUAAACUCUAUAACUUUGCAAAGAAAGGUCGUGUAGAGCUGAGAGAUGUCUCAUUUUAAUCAGAAAUUUGGGUUCUGUAAUCAUGCCUCAUUAAGAAAGGUUUUGGUUAUUUUUUAGAGUUUCUGGAGACCUAACUGCCCGUCUCAUGUCGAUAUUCGGAAUCAGAGCUGAUCACCUGCAUAAUUUUUCACCCCUGCGCGAUACCGCGCAGGGGCAAAAUAAAAUUUAUCCGCGUUGCAGUUUGCAGGUUACCAAAAAAAUCUUUUGUUCUGCACAGGCA